AUGUAUGGUGAUAGGAUUCCAUAUCGUGUAGGUUUUAGUGAUGCUACUCAGGAAACAACAACGCACAGCCUGAAACCAUAUGCCUUAACCAUCCCAGUCCGCAGUGGCGCAGAUGGAAGCUACGUUUCCAACUUCGUUUCCGUCACGCGCUCCAGGAGACUAACAAGGGACGUUUUGCCAAGUCCACCCGAGGAACUCUACUUUAACGUAUCCGCUUUCGGGAGAGAAUUUCACCUCCGACUGAGGUCUAACACGCGUCUAAUAGCUCCUGGCGCUGUGGUGGAGUGGUACGAAGAUUCUCCCUCCAUCUACAACGCAACGGAAGAGGUUCACCAGGACCAAGGCAAGGGGGUCACGGAGAGACUAUGGAAGAAGGAAUCCCUACGGACCAACUGUGCUUACGUCGGGGAUCUGGUGGAUAUCGCGGGAGCUUCCGUCGCCGUGAGCAACUGUGAUGGCCUGGCUGGCAUGAUCAAAGUUGGUGAAGAGGAAUUUUUCAUUGAGCCCCUGGAGAAAGGCCGACAAAUGGAGGAGGAGAAAGGACGGCUUCACAGGGUUUAUAGGAGGUCAGCAAUUGCCCAGAAUUCAUCCGAUAUUCUCCCUGAUUUCCAAAGUAAAGAAUCUGAUCUACUCGGCCUGGAGUCCACUUAUGCAAGAAUAGAGCAGGAUCUGAAUGAAACACUGAGGCGACGCAGACACACCGGAGAAAAUGACUACAAUAUUGAGGUUCUCCUUGGGGUAGAUGACUCGGUGGUCCGAUUCCAUGGCAAAGAACACGUGCAGAACUAUCUUCUCACCCUUAUGAAUAUUGUGAAUGAAAUUUAUCACGAUGAAUCCCUGGGCAUCCACAUAAACGUCGUGCUGGUUCGUAUGAUGAUGUUAGGUUAUGCCAAGUCCGUCAGUCUAAUUGAACGAGGAAACCCCUCCAGGAGCCUGGAGAACGUGUGUCGUUGGGCAUAUCAGCAACAAAAAACAGACCCCGGUCACUCAGAACAUCACGAUCACGCCAUCUUUCUAACCAGGCAAGAUUUUGGACCAGCUGGAAUGCAAGGCUACGCUCCAGUCACAGGCAUGUGUCAUCCGGUGAGGAGCUGCACUCUAAAUCACGAAGAUGGGUUUUCUUCAGCUUUUGUGGUGGCCCACGAAACUGGCCACGUACUAGGGAUGGAGCACGAUGGACAAGGGAACCGAUGUGGAGAUGAGACAGCGAUGGGAAGCGUCAUGGCGCCAUUGGUGCAAGCAGCUUUCCACCGAUACCACUGGUCCCGUUGCAGUGGCCAAGAACUCAAAAGAUACAUACAUUCUUACGAUUGUCUCCUCGACGACCCUUUUGAACAUAAUUGGCCGAAACUUCCUGAACUGCCAGGGGUAAAUUAUUCCAUGGACGAGCAAUGUCGCUUUGAUUUUGGAGUGGGCUACAAAAUGUGCACGGCGUUUCGAACAUUUGACCCGUGUAAACAGUUGUGGUGCAGUCAUCCCGACAACCCUUAUUUCUGCAAGACUAAGAAGGGCCCGCCGCUUGACGGGACAGAAUGUGCCCCUAGUAAAUGGUGCUAUAAAGGUCACUGCAUGUGGAAGAAUACAAACCAGUUGAAACAAGAUGGCAGCUGGGGAGCUUGGACAAAAUUUGGCUCCUGCUCCAGGACCUGUGGAACCGGCGUUCGCUUCAGAACACGACAGUGCAACAAUCCCUUGCCUCUUAAUGGGGGUCAAGACUGCACGGGUAUCAACUUUGAAUAUCAGCUGUGCAACCUGGACGAAUGUCCAAAACUUCAUGAAGAUUUCCGAGCCCAGCAGUGUCAGCAACGCAACUCCCACUUUGAGUAUCAAAACAGCAAACAUCAUUGGCUUCCAUAUGAGCAUCCAGAUGCCACCAAGAGAUGUCAACUUUACUGCCAGUCCAAAGAGACCGGUGACAUUGCUUAUAUGAAACAGCUGACCCACGAUGGGACUCGCUGUUCUUACAAGGACCCCUUCAGUAUAUGCGUCCGUGGAGAAUGUGUGAAAGUUGGUUGCGACAAAGAGAUUGGGUCCAACAAAGCUGAAGACAAGUGUGGAGUGUGUGGAGGAGACAACUCACAUUGCCGGACAGUGAAAGGGACCUUCACUAGAAUCCCUAAGAAAUCUGGGAAGACAAGAGGUGCAUUUACUUUUCCCAAAGGAGCUCGUGACGUUUCUGUUUCUGAAACCAAAAUAUCAAAAAAUAUCCUGGCCAUUAAGAACCAGGCAACUGGCCACUAUAUCUUGAACGGCAAAGGAGAGAGAUCCCACUCUCGUUCCUUCAUCGACUUUGGCUUAGAAUGGGAAUACCGUAUAGAAGACGGUAUAGAAACCCUUCAGACAGAUGGACCUCUCCAUGAUGCCAUUCUUAUUCUGGUAAUUCCUCAGGAUAACCACACCCAAUCCAGCCUGAUUUACCGAUACAUCAUUCAUGAAGAUUCGGUGCCCAAUGUCAGCAGUAACAAUGUCCUUCAAGAGGAACUGGACACCUUUGAGUGGGCUUUGAAGAGUUGGUCCCAGUGCUCCAAGCUCUGUGGAGGAGGCUUCCAAUUCACCAAGUACGGGUGCCGCAGGAAAAGUGAUAACAAAAUGGUGCAGCGCGGCUUCUGUGACGCCAGUAAAAAGCCUAAACCGAUUCGUAGGAUGUGCAAUCUUCAGGAAUGUACUCAGCCGUUCUGGGUAGCAGAAGAAUGGGAGCACUGCACCAAAACCUGUGGGACCUCUGGCUAUCAAAUCCGAAGUGUACGUUGCGUUCAGCUGCUUCACGAUGGUGGAAAUCGCUCCGUUCAUUUUAAGUACUGCGGUGGAGAACGUCCUGAGAGUCGCAGGGCUUGUAACAGAACACCGUGUCCUGCUCAGUGGAAAACAGGGCCGUGGAGUUCAUGCUCGGUCACCUGUGGUGAAGGGACAGAAUCCAGGCAGGUGUCGUGCCGCACUGGUGAUCAAUGUGAUGGAGAAAAGCCAGAAUCCAUGAGGAUUUGCAAACUUGCACCCUGCAAUGAUGAACCUUGCCAAGGAGACAAGUCGAUCUUCUGCCAGAUGGAAGUGCUCGCCCGAUACUGCUCCAUCCCAGGCUACAAAAAGUUAUGCUGUGAAUCCUGUAGCCAACGUAGCGUCCACCUCCCGCUUCCUUUCUACAGCGAAGCAGCAGCAGGAACCGAAGAUGGCUUCAUCGCCAGCUCUGCGGUCCUCCCAAAGCCUUUGGUCACCCCGACUUCUUUAGUCCCUCCUCACUCCGAGCGACAAAGUGCUCCGGGCAGAAUGUCCUCGCCAGAAGACAAUACCCAGGUCCUUCUUCCUCCGAUCUACAGGAAGGUCCAAGCUGCUCAUCCAUCUCAUCGGAAACUUCGGAAUCCAGCCA